AUGGCUCCACACGCGCGCCACGGCCCCUACUCCCGCGUGGGUCUUCGACACGUCAACCUCGGACGCGUGCUGCUCACGACGCUCACUUGGUUUGGGUUUACCAGUCUCAUCAUUCUCGGGUUUGGAAUCACCUUCAUCCUCAUCAGAUGGGCCCUCGGCGGCGGCCUGCCCUCGUUACCGCGCAUGCCAGGCCCGCCCAAGAUGCCCAAGCUCCUCAACCGCUCCAGUCUCAAGGGUGUCUUCCGCCGUCUCCGUCGUAGAGGACCCCAACCCCAUCCCCGUGCUACUGCCGUUCAUCAAGACCAAGCCAAGCCCCUCCUCAACACCACCGACGUGGAGCGUGGCGACGAGCAACCCCUUCCUUCCUUACACACUGCAUGCGACUGGUCCAACAAACCCACCACAACCACCGCACCCCUCCAUGACACCUAG